AUGUCAGAUAAAUUCUCAUCUAUAUUAAAAUUAACGGAAUUAGAUGAUUUUAUAACACCUUCACAAGAAUGUAUUAAACCUGUGGAAAUAAGUAAAUCAAAGAAAUCGACUAAAGUAGAUAUUGAUAAAGAUGGUAGUUAUGUAGAGAUUGAUGAAUUUGGUGAGAAGACAAAGUUGGAGAAAGCUACAAUUACACUCAAUGACUGUUUGGCAUGCAGUGGAUGUAUCACCUCUGCAGAAAGUGUUUUAAUUACAGCACAAAGUAUUACAGAGUUUCAAAAUGUUCUAAAUGCAAAUACAUCUUCAACAACUGCGGUGGCCAUCGCCAAAAAAACUAUAGUUAUCUCGAUAUCACCACAAUCAAGAGCAUCGAUUGCUGCUCAUUUUAAUUUACCAAUUAAAAUUGUACAAAGAAAAUUAGAAAUAUUAUUUAAAAGAAUAUUGAAUUGCGACUAUGUAUUUGAUGUUUCAUUUGGAAGAGAGUUCUCACUGUUGGAGUCGGCAGCAGAGUUUGUAGCGAGACAUAGGAAACAGCUGGAGAAUGCACCUCUACCGAUGCUAUGCUCUGCAUGUCCAGGUUGGAUUUGCUAUGCCGAGAAAUCACAUGGUGAAUACAUCCUACCAUAUAUCAGUACAACUAAAUCACCACAGCAGAUCAUGGGAACUCUUGUAAAGUAUUAUUUAGGUGAGAAGUUUUUAAAUAAAAAUUCUAGAGAUGUAGAUUGUGUAUUAUCGAGUUCAGAGGUUUUAGAUUUGUUAAAAGAGAAAUCGAUUGAUUUCGUUGGUUUAGAAGAUAAAGAAGAAGAGAUUGACCCACAACAACAAAUGUUUAGAUAUUUAGAUAGUGAAACAGGUUCACCUUAUGGAGUGGAAGGAUCAACCGGUGGAUACUUUGAAUUCCUCUAUCGUUACGCUGCCAAGGAGUUGUUUGGCGUCGAGGUCAAAGAGAUUGAAUAUCAAGUGGGAAGAAACACCGAUUUCAAAGAGGCAUCGCUGGUUGUCGAUGGCAAGAAAGUGAUGACUUUCGCCAAAGCCUACGGAUUCAGAAACAUUCAGAACGUAGUCAGAAAGAUCAAGAUUGGCAAGCUGCCCUACGAUUUCGUUGAGGUCAUGGCAUGUCCGUCGGGAUGCAUCAACGGUGGCGGUCAAAUCAAAGCGGGAAGCGAAUCACUACGUGACCAAAAAGUUUUGAUUCAACAGGCGGAAGAUCGCUACAAUGAGCAACAACUACUACAGCCACAACAAGAUCAACAAAUCAAUGAGAUCUACAAGCAAUGGUUGAACGGUUUAAACUAA